GUGCAUCUGGAUGAUGAAACCUGGGAGGCGCUUGAGUCCUCUCAUCCCCACCAAACCACCCAAUGCAGUAAAAGCACAAGAGCUGUAACGGCAAGCAGCGGCACACAAUGCAGCAGUGAGGGAGCUCGGUGUGUGUGAGAGCCCGGCCAUUUCAUCGGCACAUCGGCAUGCGUCUGUCGCUCUGACACUGGCAGCCAUGCACAUCAAGGGGGGCCGCUUGGCUUCAUGGAUCUGCUGUGUGAUUGGAUCCAUCCAUCUGGCUCACGGCAGCACCAGGGCAGGAAAUGGCUGGAUGACAGGAACGCAGAGAAAGAAGGAGAACAAUGUCUUAGGGAUGGAGGACACAGUACCAUUGCGUUUGAUCUUCACUAAUGAGGUGGACAAUCAGACCACACAAGGCUUGCUCAGCACCAGAGUGAGAGCAGGGAGCCCUCAGCACCAAGACCAGCUCACUCACGUUGCCCGGGCCAGCUUUCAGAUUGAUGCGUUUGGGUCUUCCUUCAUCCUGGAUGUGGAACUAAACCAUGACUUGUUGUCUUCAGAGUACCGAGAAAGACAUGUAACACAGGAUGGGAAAACAGUGGAGUUUAAAGGUGGAGAACAUUGUUAUUACCAAGGCCAAAUAAGAGGAAAAGCCAAAUCUUUUGUGGCUCUGUCAACCUGCUAUGGACUUCAUGGGAUGUUCUGUGAUGGAAACCAUACGUAUCUUAUUGAACCAGGAGAGAAGUACAAUCCAAAUGAGGACUAUCAAUUCCAUUCUGUAUAUAAAUCAAAAGUACUUGAAUUUCCUAUAGAUGAGCUGCCAUCUGAAUUCUGGCCACUGAAUGACACAUCACCAAGGCUUAGCCAGCAAACAAGAAACCAAAGGAAAAAAAGGCAGACUCGGCGGUAUCCACGCAAUGUUGAAGAUGAAACCAAAUAUGUUGAACUUAUGAUCGUUAAUGAUCACUUAAUGUACAAAAAACACCGCUUAUCAGUUGGUCACACAAACAGCUAUGCCAAGUCCGUUGUGAACAUGGCAGAUUUAAUAUACAAGGAGCAGUUAAACACAAGGAUAGUGCUGGUGGCCAUGGAAACCUGGGCAACUGAUAACAAGUUCAGCAUCUCCGAAAAUCCAUUGUUAACUUUAAAGGAGUUCAUGAAAUACAGAAGAGAUUUCAUCAAAGACAAAAGUGAUGCCGUCCACCUCUUUUCGGGAAGUCAGUUUGAGAGUAGCCGCAGUGGUGCUGCAUAUAUCGGUGGAGUGUGCUCACUUUUAAAAGGAGGAGGUGUAAAUGAGUUUGGGAAACCGGAUGUCAUGGCUGUCACUUUGGCUCAGUCUCUGGCUCAUAACCUUGGAAUAUUCUCAGACAAGAAGAAACUGUUAAGUGGUGAAUGCAAGUGCGAGGAUACAUGGUCUGGAUGCAUCAUGGGAGACAUUGGGUAUUACCUUCCAAGCAAGUUCUCAGUUUGUAACAUAGAAGAAUACCAUGAAUUUCUAAAUAACGGGGGUGGAUCUUGUCUGUUCAAUAAGCCACUUAAGCUUUUGGAUCCUCCCGAGUGUGGAAAUGGCUUUGUUGAGGCCGGGGAAGAGUGUGAUUGUGGCACUAUUGCGGAGUGUGCUGUAGAAGGAGGGGAGUGCUGCAAAAAAUGCACCUUAACUCAAGACUCAGAGUGCAGUGAUGGCCUUUGCUGUUCUGACUGUAAGUUCAAUCCUAAAGAGAUGAUCUGCAGAGAAGCUGUAAACGACUGUGAUAUCCCAGAGACCUGUACAGGAAAUUCAAGUCAGUGUCCUGCUAACAUUCACAAACUGGAUGGAUACCAAUGUGAAAGCAUGCAGGGUCUCUGUUUUGGAGGAAGAUGCAAAACUAGAGAGAGACAGUGCAAGUAUAUCUGGGGUGAAAAAGUGUCAGCUGCAGACAAAUAUUGCUAUGAAAAGCUGAAUAUUGAAGGCACAGAAAAAGGCAACUGCGGUAGAAAUAAGGAAACCUGGAUACAGUGCAACAAACAAGAUGUACUAUGCGGCUAUCUCUUGUGUACCAACAUUUCGAGUGUGCCGAGGCUCGGGGAGCUGGAUGGAGAUGUUACCACGUCUUCAGUUGUAAAUCAGGGAAAGCUGUAUAACUGCAGCGGUGGGCAUGUAAAGCUGGACGAAGACACUGACCUUGGUUAUGUGGAAGAUGGCACUCCUUGUGGCACUGGCAUGAUGUGCCUUGAACACCGAUGUCUUCCCAUCGAUUCCUUCAACUUCAGCACUUGCUUGGGCAGCACAAACAAAAUUUGCUCAGGGCAUGGCGUAUGUAGUAAUGAGGUCAAGUGCAUCUGUGAUAGUUUUUGGACAGGAGACGACUGCAGCAAUUUCCUACCUUAUGAUGGUAUCAUUAAGCCAGAUGAAGGCCAUAGAGAUGAAGGUGUAAUUAGCACAAACAUAAUCAUAGGAGCCAUAGCUGGCACCAUUCUAGUGCUGGCACUGGUGUUAGGAAUAACCGCAUGGGGGUACAAAAACUAUCGACGAGAAAGACAAAUACCCCAGGGAGAUUAUGUAAAAAAGCCUGGAGAUGCCGACUCUUUUUAUAGCGACUUGCCUCCCGGAGUCAGCUCAAACUCAGCAUCUAGUUCUAAGAAGAGGUCUGCUAUUCUGUCGCAUUUUCAGAUAUCUGCCUGUUCCAUCCCACAUUAUUCCAUUAGUCAGAACAUUUCAUUAUUUUGCAGAAGGUCCAAUGGUUUAUCCCACUCGUGGAGUGAAAGGAUCCCGGACACUAAGCAUGUCUCUGAUGUCUGUGAGAAUGGUAGGCCACGAAGUAACUCCUGGCAAGGGAACGUCAGCAGCAGCAGGAAAAAACUCAGAGGAAAAAGAUUUAGGCCACGAUCUAAUUCUACAGAGACCCUUUCACCUGCCAAGUCUCCAUCAUCAUCUACCGGCUCUAUAGCAUCUAGUAGGAAAUACCCAUACCCUAUGCCACCACUGCCUGAUGAAGAGAGAAAAGCCAACAAACAAAGUGCAAGGCUCUGGGAAACCUCCAUAUAAAUGAGCGGAAAACACUUUGCUCCAUCGGUUAAAGGCAUCACCUGCUGGAGAGUCCCCUCCGCAUCCUCCAUAUAUCUGAUAUGUCAUCCCGCGCCCCCCCCACCUCAUUCUUCAACCCCAAACUAAUGGACCAUGGCAACCUCGGUGUUUACAGAGAGUCCUCUUUACUGCGGCUGUUGGGAGGAGUCUCUUGCGACCAAUUACAACUUAUAGGGGAUUACAAACAAUGGCUGACAAGGACAGAGCAGGGAAAGAAGAGAGUAUUUUUAUGCAUGAGAAAUUAUCAAUAUCUUUUGAGACGCCGGUUAUAAGUACCAUGUAGAGCAGCGACCUCACCAGGUGGCAGAGAGUCAAUGGGGCCCACUCAUUUGGUAGCAUGCAAUCACUAUGGGAGAUUAUGUUGACUGCAUGCUCAUUCUGUAUUCCCAUCUCCAACGAUAAGACUCCAGCCCAGCAUGCUAUCAUGGCGAAGAUAUUUUUUUUUUUUAUUUUAAUGGCCAAAUUAUAAACAAAACAAAAAAAAAACCCACCAAUUUUGUACAUAUGUACAUUUUAAAUGGUAUAAAUACAUUUAUUACAUAGUAGCUUAUUUUGUCAAAUGUUUAACAAGCCGUUCCGUAAGUGAACACACCGCUAGCAUUUUACAUGGGUCUGCGGAAGGAAGUAGAAUGAUCCAAUGAGCACUGAGGGGAUUUGGCUGAGAACAUAGAGCUAUAUAGAUAGAAUCAGUCAAUUACCCAUAGCUUUUACACUUUAGAUAGAGAAAUAGACCUUUCCUAUGUAGAGAAAAGGGCAUUGGGGGAGGGGAACGAAAACGAAUGCUUUGAUAUGUCUUGACAAUGAUUUUUUUGCCAUAUAUUUUGCAGGAAAUAUAGAUAGAGAUUUCAAAAGAAAUGCACAAUGAAUCCUAAGCAUUACUGUAUAGAGAGAAUUUACGUUAUUUAGGGAGGAUCUGACUAAUGGACGCUCAGAAACCUAUUCCCGCCAUCUGUCUCUGGAGUUGGUAGAAUGACUGUCGAUAUUGAUCGUAGGAUCCAAGGAAUUUCAUAGCAGCUCUCAAAGCCAAUAUAUAUAUUUCAUACGUCCAAGCACAAGCUUGGGGACACGAUAUUUCCUCUAUCUACGGAUACGCCAACGUCAAUACUGUGCCUUUCUGAAGUUCCGACUGAGAGCGAGAGGCUUGGGACAAACAUAGCGACACAUGCUCUAGGGGAGAAGGAUAUUUAUGUGGCUACUGGAGCAUUCUCCCAAUCAGCGUUCUCUCUUACUCUCUCUAUGUAUAUAAGGCAGACAAAGUGGAAUGUAACAAUCCUUAUUAUUUGGUAGCGCUUCCCUUGUAUUGGUUAUGCUGUAGCUGUUUGUUAGCGCACCGGUGUCUGUGUAUGCCUUCAAGCGCUCAUUCUCCAACCUUGCCAUCCUCCUGUAACUGGUACAACAGCUUCUCUGCACCUCAUCACAGAGGGGUAGAAGAAUAUCCUGCGGAGAGGAAACAAUAAGCCUCAUAAUGAUCUGUAGAAGGGAAGCUCAGCUUGUGGCAAUAUGGAGGCAGCUGACCUGAUCUCUCAGCUUCCCUGUAGGAGGGAUUCUGGGAGUCGGAAGGCAGCAAUAGCCACAGGGCCACCAGUUGUACUUUCCUCAUAUAUAUCCAAAGCCAACCAGGACUGAUGUGUGGCUAAGUCUUUUUACAUUUUCUAUACCGUUAGUAUGGCAACCUACAGCAGCGCUGUUCCAUUUGUGGGGUCAAUUUUAUAAGCUCCAUUGCCAUCGUUGUAACAUAAGGAAGAAACAGUACAGAAUGUCACCAUGUUAUGUAAAAAGCUUUCAUUUUAUUUUAUAUGUUUCUCCUGUCAGCUCCCCCAGGUUUCCUCUUUUGUACAGUAUUCCCACUAUAUAGGCCUGUAUUCUGGCCAUAGGCUAAGAUAGCCUCAUGAUUAACUGCAAGAAAGCAAUAGACGCGCUGAGCCAUUCAGAUCAGUUGGUGUCGGCAGCUGAAUGUAUUUGAUAACAGGAAAAAUAUCCAUAAAAUAAAGUGGGCUUCAUUCAUGGCAAGUACAGCGUAUGUGUGUCUCUCCUUCCUGGUUCUGCACAACUGAAACUGUCGGCCAGUGCACGAGGGGGAGUGAAUAGGAGCCACGGUUCCCUUUUGGUGAUGUGCAUCAUUCAACCCACGCCCGACCCCAACCCGCAAUCCCUUAACCCGCGCCCGACCCCAACCCGCAAUCCCUUAACCCGCGCCCGACCCCAACCCGCAAUCCCUUAACCCGCGCCCGACCCCAACCCGCAAUCCCUUAACCCGCGCCCGACCCCAACACGCAAUCCCUUAAACCGCGCCCGACCCCAACACGCAAUCCCUUAACCCGCGCCCGACCCCAACACGCAAUCCCUUAACCCGCGCCCGACCCCAACACGCAAUCCCUUAACCCGCGCCCGACCCUAACAUACAAAAUGUUACCAUUGUAGGACCCGCACCCAACCGAUACCCACGUCUUUCCGCUCUGUAUGUUAUUUCCCCAGUCUGACCCGCACCCAACCCAAACCAGCAAUGGUUGCCCAAAUUUUAACCCUAAACUGCCUGGCCUAAUGGUCAACCCACACAUCACUAUUCCCUUUCACUUUUUCAUCUACUAAUGACCAUGCACUUGCUGGCACUAUGAAAAGGCAGCCUUACUACGUGUGCCCCCUUGUAUGCUCCGUCUGUGCCCAUCCUGUAGGCCAAUCAGAUAGUGUACCAGAUUAUGCUGUGUGUGGCUGCCAGGUAUAGGGUAUAUGGCCUCUUAGUAACAAUCCACUUGAACAGGUCCUGUAGGGUCUUGGCUGUCUUUUAGAUCACUAUCAUGAAAACCAUUUGAUAGUGCUGAUCCAACCAUGGUUAUAUGGCCCACCCUAUAUUUAAUGCUGUCCAUCAGAUCUAGCUACGCCUGCAAAUGCCUAGGCAUAAUAAUAUGUAGGGUUCCCAACUACACUAUUUUACACACACUCUGACAAAGGCAAUUACAGUUGCAAAGUUUGCACCAGGGUCUAGUAACCCCAUAGUAACCAAUCAGCAAUUAGAAUUUAGUGACCAAUACAAUUAAAGCAAGUGUUUGGCUAAACUGAACCCACAGGCACAAUCACACAGGGGCACAAAUUAUUCCAAUCCCUGAAACCACACACAAAGUUUUUCCUAAUACAAUUUUUUUUACAGAAUGUUAUUUAAACCUCCAUUUGCAUCAGAACCAGAAAGUGUCACCAUCAUUAUCAGUCACAUGAUGCCAUGACAGUCUGAAGUGAAACUGUUCCAAUGUCUAAAUGAAUACCCUGUUUUCUAUUUGUAAUUUAUGCUCAUGGGUAUGCUUCUAUUAAUGAUUUAAAGGGACACAGUCCUGAAAAUAAAGAGAUUUUAUCUGUG